ACAUUCCAUAUUUGAUUUUAUAAAAUGUUUUGAAUUAUUUAAUGUUUAAUUGAUCAAUUACGAACAAGAAAUUUUUAUGUUCCUUUUGUUCUCUGAUUUAUAUAAAUGAAGUGAUGUGCAUCUUUUUAAAUUAGAGGUUUUUAAUUGACUCUUACUUUUAGAACAAAUCACUAACUUAGCAAUUGUUCUAUUGAACGCGAGCACUAUACAUUUGCCAUUAUGAUCCUGUAUGUAAGGUUAUAAUGCAAAUGUAUAGUGUAUCCUCGACUAUCUACACUAUUUCUUUCUCUCUUUUCGCAAGUGUCCUAAACAUGAUCCAUUUCAUUUUAAUCGAGUGGGAAAAGAGUGCAGCUAUAAAGGAACACGAAUCGUUAUUUUUGCGCUUUUGCUUUUAUUUACCUCAUUUGUGUCUUGAUCAGCUGUUCUCUGCAUCUUGUAUAUAUAUACUCAAAACUUAUGUUGGAUGUCUCUAUUUAUUCACUAUUUAUUCACAGAUAUUUUUUACACAUAUAUUUUUAUUGCAGACUUCAUGCAACAUGUUUUCCAUAACUUUAGUAAAUAUUGAUAGUUACCAAGCAUCUCCAAUACCAGAACUUGAUGUGACAUUCUCUGAAUUUCGUGGUUCGGAGAUAAAAAAGGUACCUAUAAUUAGGAUAUUUGGAUCAACUGUCACUGGUAAAAAGACAUGUUUGCAUAUUCAUGGUGUCUUUCCAUAUAUGUAUGUACCAUGCACUAUUCAAGAGAAUACAGAUAGUUAUGUUUAUCAACUGGCUGCAUCAAUUGAUUCUGCUUUGAAUACAUCUUUUGGUUCUACGCUAUCCACCAAUCAACAUGUUUACAAAAUUCAACGAGUAUCAGGAGUACCUUUCUAUGGUUAUCACAAGAAAGAGCAUUUAUUUUUUAAGAUAUAUUUUUAUAAUCCAGCUAUAAUUAAAAGAAUAGCAGAUUUGCUGCAAAAUGGUGCUAUUCUCAAUCAAACUUUGCAGCCAUAUGAAGCACAUAUUCCAUAUAUUCUACAAUUUAUGAUAGAUUAUAAUCUCUAUGGCAUGAAUUUAAUAAAUUUAAAUAAUAUAAAAUACAGAUGCUCUUUGCAAGGAUGUACAACAGAAGACAGUCAAAACAAAUCUUCAAUGGAUUUGAUAAACUCACAAAUGUAUCUUCCGACAUCUGUAAUAAGACAAAGUAUGUGUGAAUUGGAAGUAGAUGCACAUGCUUCAGAUAUUUUAAAUAGACAAAAUGUCACUGAAAAAUUGGAAUUGAAUCCUGGUCUUGCUGCAAUCUGGGAGGAGGAGAAAGCAAGGAGGACUGCAGCUGGCUUAGAAAAUGCAAAAUCACAAUUAUUAUAUCCUAAAACUCCUAGUAAAGUUAUCCUGCCUCCAACAAGCAAUGAUAUUUAUCAAAAAAAUCAAUUAUUGAAAAGACUAAAUGCUAUAUCACAAACUAAUGAAACAAUUAUUUCAAAUACAACUGCAUCUUCAUAUCCUAUUGAAGUAGAAGAUAAUGAAAAUGUCUUAAAUGCAUCUUGUAUUAUAAAUCACAAUGAAUCUUUUCCAUGUGAAGAGAACAUUGAAAGAACACUUUCUGAUAAUUCUAAAUUUUUGCAAGUAGCCUCAUCAGCAUUUUUAGAAGCAAAUCGAAGUCAAAGUAAUGUAACAGAUACAAGUAUUUUGGAUGCAGAUGACAUACAAUUAGUAGAAAUGUUGGCUGACUUAGCGGAAGAAAAUGAAAUUAAGACUAAUAUAGAUGAUGAUAGUGUUCUCGGAUCCCAAUAUUUUAAUGAACCAGCUAAAAAUGAUCCAGAAGAAGAGAUUGAGGAUUUAAAUAUUACAAGUUUAGAUUUAGAUGAUUUAAGUUCUUGGGAAUCAAUGUAUAAACGAUCCAAUCAUGGCAAUGUGGGAGAAAUUAAAAAUGAUAAGCAGAAUAUGGAAUUGAUGGAUGAUUUAAAUGUUAAUGAAGAAAGUGACAUAAAUGUUACCCUCACGAAUUUUCCCCAACUUGAUGGAAUUCAUGAUUUAUAUGGAAAUAUGUUAGAUUAUGAAAGAGAGACUGUAAAUGAUUUAAGUAAUAUAAGGAUGAUAUUUAAGAACGAUACAGCAGCAUAUACUACAGAUCAGUGCCUUUCUGAAAAUAAUAAAUAUGUUGCAGCUAUUGUUAAUACAAGAAAAGAUUAUGCAAUGUGUAAUUCAUAUAAGAAUUUAUAUCUAGUGGACAUUAUUGAGUACAUUGCAAAUAAUCCCAACAGAUAUUAUCUAAAGAAAAAAUUAUACAACUUUUUAAAUAGAUAUUAUUUUCAUAUAUUUAUGAAAACUAGCAAGAAUUUGCAGAAUUCACAAAUUGACAGUACUGUUGUAAGAAAAAAGUAUUAUUUAGAAAAUAUUAAAAGAAAAAUUGUACAUAAUAAGAAGAUGAAGAAAGAAUUGUGUGUUACUCGAUAUCAAUUACAGACAGAUCAUCGAGAUUUAGAUGUGUAUGAUAUAGAUGAGAUAGAAACAUUUGAAUAUUUAGAACAUAUCAACCAAUAUUAUAUAACAGAUUACAAAAAAGACAAAUACAAUUAUAAACAAGAUUCAAAAUCAUGUGUUCAACAAAACAUUUUUUUGAAUAUCAAUCAUAGAUCGUCUAAUUUUCCAAUGAAAUUUAUAAUAUCGAGUGUUGAUGGAGCCACAGUUACUGAUUCUAGCGAUUCUGAAUCAGAAGUUGAUAUUACGAUCGACGGACAGGAGAAACGUGUAUGUGUUUAUAAAUCUGGAAAGACGAAUGCACGACAAAAUAUGAUUCAGAUUACUCCGAAAAAAAGAAAGUUUGAUUUCAAGCAAGAUGAUGAUUAUGAAUCACCUAGUAAACGAAGAAAUAUGGCUGUUAGAACACCGAAAAGAAAAUAUAAUUCUCCAAACAAAGUGCCCCGAAGUCCUCAAUUGUCGGGUAAUUACUCGCCUCUUGAUAUUACUAUUACAUCUCCGAAAACUAGUAGAAGUCCUGUACGACAACGCGAAUCUCCGAAAAAUAAACAAUAUGUAUCGAUAUCCGAUACUCCUACUACUUCUACCACACCAAAACGUAAGACACGUUCGUUACGUGUAAGCUUACUUUGUGAAAAACGCCUAACAAAUCUUUCAAAUUUAGAUUUAGAAAAUAAUGUCGACGCUGAUAAUAUUCAAAAGAAAUUAGUAGUUAAUGAAACAGAUAUGGCCGAAAAUAUUGAUUAUACAAAUACUGUAAAAAUUACUAAAACAACAGUUAAUGAAUCAAUAAAAGAACAUGAAAAGAAAAUAGAAAAUCCGAUUAAAAAAAGUAAGGAGAUUCGUAAGAGAUUAUCUUUUUUAUAUCACAAUGAAAUAGAAAAUACUCUUGUAGAAUCAGAUCAUCACACAAGUCAAUCUGAAAACUUGAUUGCAAUUGAGCAUCCUAUUAACCAAACAUGCUCAGAUGCAAUUGCAAUGUCUUCGAACAAUGAAAAUAGUGACAACAGUGUUCCAAAUAGUCAACAGACGGAGAAAAGUAGUACUGAUAUGUCGCCCGAGAGAAACUAUGCAUCAGGCAUACGUAAUUUGGCGAAAAAAUUGAUUACAUUUCAUGAUAUUAUUCCUGAAACUGAUCCUGAUGAAGAUGAAAGUGAAGUAUGUAAUACAACUUUUACCCAACAUGUCAACGAAAAGCUAGAUAAUGAUAGUCAAUGUUUUUCAUUAGAAAGAAAUAUUCAUCGAUCACGAAGAAAUGCAUUAAUUAUGAUUACCACAAAAUACAAACCUCCUAGUACUGAAAGGAUUUUAGAAAGUAUUACAUUAUACGGCAUUCCGAAAUGUAGAUCGCAAAAACCAUUUUUCGGCAACAAACACGAUUAUGCGAAAUACAAAGAAUCAUCAAACACGAAUAUUCUGCGUUUUGAUGUACCUAUAUUUAAAUCUAGUUUAGAAGAGAUUACAAGCAUCAAGUUAUGGCGAAGAAUGAAGAUCAAUGAAUUUCAUCCCUCUGGAGCAAGUAUAAAGACUUAUCAUAUCAAGCGAUCACUUGCAGGAUAUAAUCUGUUAACAAUUAAACCACUCAUGACCCCGCCAUCUUCUAAAGAUAUUAAAAAUUGGAUAAGAGCUAAAAGAUAUCUUUCAGAAAAGAAUUGUGAUAUCAAAUCAUUAUGCAAUCAAAAUAAAAAAAAGGAAUUAAAUGUAUACAAUAUACAACAUUUGCCAAUCAAUAUUGUCAAUGAAAAAGAUGAGUCCCAGCAAAGAACAUCUAAUAAUUCAAUAAAUAACAAUUCAAACAUGGAGGAAUCUAAUUCCUUAAUGCUUCAGCAAAGUAUGCUAAGCAUAACAUCUGAUGAUACAAGGAAAUUCGGGUUUACACAAAAUUCUGAUAAUUUACAAAUAUCGGGAGAUAGUCUAAAUCCUUCCUUGAAAAAAGCAUUAGAAAAUCCGUUAUUAUGUAACCAAAAUAAGAUGCAGCAGCAGCUUGGUGUUUCGUAUGGUCAAAUUGAAUGCAUGUCUAAAGGAAGUUAUAGUAAUGCCUCAAUUGAGAAUCUUCAAAACGCUAGAGCAAUAACUGCACAUCAAUAUCUGACAUUACUGUCUCUCGAAGUACACACUGUUACUCGGGAAGAUCUUCUUCCUGAUCCACAGUAUGAUUCUAUCGCUGCAUUAUUUUACGCGAUUUACAAUGACGUUCCGAUGGAUACUAAUGAACAGAUAGAACAUGGCGCUAUAAUUGUAAAUCCUAAUUCUAUAAGUACAAGACUUAAUAAAAUCCACUCUGCGAGUGUAAUGUGUCCAAUAUUAUAUGUUAUGACAGAACAAGAUAUGUUCAACAGUCUUGUAAAAUUGAUUGAACAGUACAAUCCAGAUAUUCUACUUGGUUGGGAAGUAGAAAUGCUUUCAUGGGGCUAUAUUUUUCAGAGAGCAUUACAUCUUAAUAUCAAUAAUUUUCCAAUAAGAAUUUCAAAAGUCCCGUACAUACAGAUAUUUUCUAAGUCUGACAAUCAUAUGUCUGAAAAGGAUGAUAUAAAAGUACUUGGUCGCAAUAUCCUCGAUGUUUGGAGAAUUAUGAGGCAUGAGGCAGCAUUAUUAACAUAUACUUUCGAGAAUGUUAUGCAUCAUGUUUUACAUGAAAGAAUUCCAUGCCCUUCCUUCAAAAUAUUGUCUACCUGGUGGAAACAUGAGAGUAUGAUAAUAAAAAGCAGAGUUAUAUAUCAUUAUGUCAUUAGAGUUGUAGGCACUCUUAAGCUUCUGAAUCACUUAGAUAUUAUAGGUCGCACAUGCGAACAUGCCCGUCUCUUUGGUAUACAAUUUUAUGAGGUUUUUUCACGAGGUUCGCAAUUUCGCGUCGAGUCCAUGAUGCUAAGAUUAGCAAAACCCAUGAAUUAUAUUGCAAUUUCACCAUCCAUACAUCAAAGAGCUAAAAUGCGAGCGCCAGAGAGUCUACCAUUGAUCAUGGAACCCGAAUCUGAAUUUUACACUGAUCCAUUGAUUGUACUCGAUUUCCAGAGCUUGUAUCCGAGUAUGAUUAUUGCUUACAAUUAUUGUUUUUCUACAUGUUUAGGAAGAAUAGAACACAUAGGCCAAUACGGUCCAUUCGAGUUUGGUGCAGCGACAUUAAGGAUAAGAAAGAAUGCUGCAUUAAAGCUACAAGACAAAAUAAAUUUUUCACCUUGCGGUGUAGCGUUUGUGAAAAAAGAAAUACGUCAGGGAAUAUUACCGCGUAUGUUGGAGGAAAUUUUAAAUACUCGUUUGAUGGUAAAGGAAUCUAUGAAAUUACAUCCAGCAGAAAAUCGCACAUUACAUCGCGUUCUUCAUUCGCAACAAUUGGGCCUCAAGUUAAUCGCGAAUGUUACUUACGGUUAUACAUCUGCAAAUUUUAGUGGCAGAAUGCCAUGUAUUGAGAUAGGCGACAGUGUUGUUAGCAAAGGACGAGAGACAUUGGAACGAGCGAUCAAACUAGUAGAAUCUACUCCAAAAUGGGGCGCUCGAGUAGUUUAUGGGGAUACAGAUUCAUUAUUUGUGUUAUUAGCUGGAAAAUCUCGAGAAGAGGCGUUUACCAUCGGCGAAGAAAUCGCGGAUGCUGUAACCGCGGUUAAUCCCCCGCCUGUUAAACUUAAAUUUGAGAAAGUUCUUUAUCCCUCCAUUUUACAAACGAAAAAACGAUAUUGCGGAUACAUGUACGAGACGCGUGAUCAGGAGAAGCCUGAAUUUCUAGCGAAAGGAAUUGAGACAGUUCGCAGAGACGGAUGUCCUGCAGUUUCUAAAAUACUUGAGAAAGCCCUGAAGAUCUUGUUCGAUACAAAAGAUAUUUCUCUAGUAAAACAAUACGUUAUCAGACAGUUUGACAAGAUCUUUCAGCGACGCGUAUCUAUACAAGAUUUGACAUUUGCGAAAGAGUUUCGCGGGAUGCGCGGAUACAAGGCAUCCGCUUGUGUGCCGGCGCUAGAAUUGACGCGCAGAUUAAUCAAAAAAGAUCCACGCGCCGUGCCACGCAUCAGCGAACGCGUUCGAUAUAUCAUCGUUGCUGGUGCACCGAAUCAGCCGCUCAUCCACUGCGUACGUACGCCGAUGGAAAUUAUCACUGAUCCAGCGUUAAUUCCAAAUUCCGUGUACUAUAUAACGAAAGUUAUUAUACCGCCCCUUAAUCGCUGUUUCAAUCUAUUCGGAAUCGACCUCAAUAUAUGGUAUAAAGAAAUAUCUCACCGCACAAGUUUCAGUAAUAUUAUACACUUAGGAGAAGAUAAUUCAAAAUCGACUAUUCGUCAGUUUUUCAAUUCUAUUACAUGCAUUAUUUGCGGAGAACAAACCAAUAAAGAAGUUUGUCCAGAAUGCCUUUCGCAACCAAGCCGAACUAUUCUUGUGCUUCUUCAGAAAAUAAGGCAACUGGAAAGAAAUCAACAGCAAAUAGCUGCUGUUUGUCAUUCCUGUAUUGGACGAUUAGGUGAUAUAGAAUGCUCAUCUUUGGAUUGUCCUAUCCUAUACCGAAUGGCUCAAGCUCGCAAAGAGCUUACACAAGUUUCUUAUAUAAAUAACAUUAUUUAUGGAAAUAAUUCUAAUGGAAUCAAAGGUUUAAAUGCAGUUGCUGAAUGUAUGAUACUGACUGUGUUCCAAAAUUCACUGCUUGUAUUGAAAAUCUAUAAUUCACUGCUUGCGGUUUGCGGUUCGCUAUCAAUUUCAAAAGAUUCUUAUUCAUCUAUCUUGAUCGAACUUUUUCCGGUCUUCUGUCAUUCAGGCAUAAUGUCCGCCAGGAACAGCUCCUCUCGCAAGGUCUGUUGUUUUUGCAAUUUAACAGAGGACAAUGAAUUGGAGUAUGGCAAAAUUCAUGAAUAUAAUGGAAUUGUUACACAUUAUUAUUGCUUGCUUCUGUCUUCAAACAUGGAACAGAAAGGAAAUGACGAUGAGGGUAUACUUGGAUUUUUAACAGAAGAUAUACAAAAGGAACUUCGCAGAGGAAAAAGAUUGAUAUGUUCUUAUUGCAAAAAGAUUGGUGCUACUUUAGGCUGUUGUAAUAUAAAAUGUAAACGGAUAUUUCAUUUUCCUUGUGGUUUGAAGGCUGGUUCAUUACAUCAAUAUUUUGGAGAAUUUAGAUCAUAUUGUAUAAAUCAUAGACCAAAGCAACAAAUUGAUGAACAUAUUUUAAAGCAGAUUAGCUCACUAGAUAAUAUAUUAUGUUAUAUUUGUUACGAUAAGAUAAAUCCCACUGAUUUUGUAAAAACUUUAUGGGCUCCAUGUUGUAAAAAAAAUGCAUUCUUUCAUCGUAAAUGUGUUCAGCAACUUGCUUUAAGUGCGGGAUAUUUCUUCAAGUGUCCUCUUUGUAACAAUAAACAGGACUUCCGUAAUGCUAUGUUGGAAUACGGUAUUUUUAUCCCGAGUCAGGAUGCAUCAUGGGAAUUAGAACCAAAUGCAUUUGAAGAGCUUUUGUACAGACACAAUCAGUGUGAUGCAGUAAAAUGUCUUUGUCCAAAGGGAAGGAAACAUGUAAGCAAUAAUGCUAAAUGGGAACUGACAUUAUGUCGGACUUGUGGAUCACAAGGUAUUCACAUGGCAUGUGGGCAAUUAAAAUGGGCUAAUCCUAUAUGGGAAUGUACUGAAUGUACUUCCAUAUUAAAUAAUUCUAAAAAUAAUGAAGAUGCAGAAUCGGAUAAUAGUUCUGAUGAUUUGAGUAGAGAUUCUGAUUUAGACUCAAACAGUAGUACUGACAUCUCUGUGGGAAUGGAGUUUCCUGUGUCAUGUGCAUCACCCAGUUUUAGUUCUUGUUCAUCUACGACAUCUUUGUUGGAUUUCGGAACGAAUGUUAGAAUGCGCCCGGGACCACGCUCUUUUAAGAUGCAGCAGCAAAUGAUUAAAUGGAUGGAAUUAAAUGGAUUCGGAUUAACACAUGAUGCUGUUAAGAAGGAUGUCACUGCUGAAGUUAAUCAAGAUACUAAUACAUCAUCAAAGAAUGACGAUAAAGAAAAAUCUUUGAGAAAUAAUGAAAAUAAUAAUCAGAAAGAAAGACAAGUGUCUAGCAAUGACAUAACAUCUCAACCGAUUCAAAAGGAAACGGAUGUUAUAACAAUUGAGAGCGAUGACGAUAAUGAAGUAGAAAUUAUUACAUUAAAAUCAAGACCAGAUCAUUUAGCUCCACUGCAAUCGACAUCUCGGUCAAAUAUACCUCAUGUAUCAUCAUUAAAGGAAAUUAUAAAGUCACAAUUAAAUGCAGUAAAGAAUUCAACAUCUACAUGUUCAAAUGCAACAUCAACUAAUUUAUUGAAAAAAGAUAAUAAUGAGCUACAUAAAUCUAUCGCAUCAAAACAAAAAAUUUCAAACAAAAGUGAAUCUACCAUUUCCGAACUAUCUGAUGCAGCUAUAUUGCAAAAAUCCAUGCCAGAUAUUUUCAUUUCAAAUAAUGAUUUGGAUAACUUGGAUACAGAGAAUAUAAGCAAAAGUCCUAUUAUGAAUAUUAAAAUUACUAAUGUUACUUCUCUACCGCCCGAAGUGUUCGAAAGUGUACCUGACGUCGCGUUACAUGAAAAUUCUAUCGAUACCUCGUCUCCUUCGACGAGUAAAUCGCUGGAAAAACUCGUCUCGUACAUCGCUCCUCCAAAGCGCAUAUACGAAGAAGCAAAUAAUGUUGUUAGUAAUUGUAAGAAAAUCAAAGGAGAUUUUGAUGAAAAGUCUUGGGAGAAGAAUUCACUACAAUUAACUCAUUUAUUCGAUAUUGUUACAACUAAUACAAGUAAGCAGCAAAAUGAAAAAAUAUCUCCAACUAAGAUCAAUGAGAUUCAUAAAAAUAACUUCUUAAAGUGUACAACUGAACUUUUAAACGAAUCUUCCAAUUUAUACAAUGACAUUAUAAAACAUACAAGUCAAAUCGAAGAAAAUUAUUCAGGAAAUGUUGCAUCAUUUAAUGUACAGAGUAACGAAAAUUCUGUAAAAACGAGAAAGACAUAUUUGCCCAGUAGCAAACGUAAAAAUCAACUUUACUUGCCACUGGAAAACCCCACAUCAAUGCCAGAUCCAAAUGUUACAAUUAAUCAAGAUGUAGAAAUCAAUGGAAAUAUGCUCCAUUCAUUAUCGAAUAUUCUGCCAAAUGAUUUCACUAAGAUUAUUCAACCGACAAUUGUAAGCCGACCGGUGGAAGCGAAGUUUAAUGCAACUGUGUCUGUUGUUGGAAACGACAAUCAGACAAAAAUGUUAGAUGAGAAGAAUACUGCCUUAAUGAAGGAAAAAAUAUUUACUAAUGUAUCCAAUCCUGGCGAUAAUUUUUCAAACAACAUAUUUUGUGACGGGGAUGCAGGCACCUGUCCUGCUGAAAUCAACUCAACCGGCCGAAAGAAGACAGAUCCAUCAAGUGAAUCCUGUGAGAGUGCAGACAGCAGUAAUGCCAUUGAAUCACACAAUUCUGUCGCAAACAACAGCGUCUUCCCCCGAGUCACAAAUAACUAUAGCACCUGUCGUCAACCUAGAUUGAUACCACAGUAUAUGCAUUUACACGAUCUGAAGUUUCGAGUCUGCAAACCGGACAAUGUUCAGAUGGUUUUAUAUGAUACUUUCUCUGUAAAUAUUCCGAUAAAAAAUUCCAAGGAGAGCAAGAUUCGAUCGGCAAACUUAGCUACACAACGGGAAUCGAAAGAAUUGUCCUAUCAUGCAUCAGAUGAAGCUUCGUCCAGUGCAGAGUACAUCGACGAUAUCCAAACUGCAGAACAACGAUUUAAGUUGUUUCACUCUUCGAAAAAUGAAAAUUUGAUUCACGACAAAAUCAAAUGCAUAGUACAUGGUCAGGAUGAUACAAAAGAGAAUUUAGAUCCUGUUAGAUCAAAAAUGCUUUCGCGUAAUGAUACAUUUGAUAAUAGUUUAGUGAAUGACAUCUGUGACACAAUGACUGUUCAUGAUUCUUUUUGUGAUGAAACAGAUAAUGAGAUGUAUCUUGUUUCAAGUGAUAUUAAUUUAAGUACAUUAAAUCCAACAAUUUGUAGUAAGAAUAUAAAGGAUAGUGUAAUGGAUGGCGUAACGUUCGUUUCGAAUGAUCGCAAACAAUCCUUGCAAGUCAAUUGGGAAGAUGUACAGCAGCAUAAACAAAUAUCUAUAUACGAUAUGACGCCUGCGUCUACUGAAGAGAAAAUUGCUCGAUCAUUUUGUAAAGAGACUAGCAGGAUAGUUCAUAAUGUUGAUUUUGACUUUAAUAUUGUUAAAAUGAAUAAAAAUACUGAGAAAAUAUUACAAGAUGAUAUCACUGUUUCUACAAAUCGACAUAACAAUAGAAGGGAUAACAAUAGAAAAAUUGGGAACGAUUAUACAGAUGAUUCGCAGACGAUGUUACGGAAUAGUUACAAACACUUAGACAAUACAAACGUUAUAAAACCAAAAGUUGUAAAUUGGAGUGCCACCCAUGUUUCAAAUAUUAUGUUUAACGAGCAUAUUCUAAAUAGGGAGAUUGAUACAUCCGGUUCUCUAAAGUUUAUUCGAUGCUUGGCAUUUAAUGAAAAUACUGUUAAUAGCGAAAACAAUUUCAGACAUAAUAAUAGCGAAUCUUUUCUCAAAAUUAGUAUAGAUUUAUGUAAAAUACAAAGUCUGAUCGACUCUAAGCCGGAAUUGUUUGUAAAUCAAAAAUGCAAUGAUAAGCAGCAUAAAUGCACGAUUCAAUUAUGGCCAAGAAGACUGCAACAGGUAAGAUAUGCUAUCGAGAACAGUGAUAUUAAUCAAUAUCCGCUAAGAAAUAGUUACAGAUCAGGAAAUUGCAUAAGUAACAUAGAGCAGAUGCGAAAUAAUGUUCCCAAUACAUUCGUACCAAAUCAGAAGCCAAAACGUGAGAUUAAAUAUUUCGAUAUCUUAAAUAGAUAAAUAAAAUCGAAAAUACUGUACAAUAAAAGAAUACAAAUAACAAAGCAGAAAAAAUCAUUCACACAUGCCCACUAAUAUAUUUUAAAACUGGAAAAUACUUAUUGAGUAAUUUUGUUUUUUCCUUUUCUCAAAUAAUGAAUAAGUUUCUGUUCGCGCGUGUCUUCAAAUUGUAACACAAUUGUAUAUUGUAAAAUAUAUUUAAUAUUAUAUAGGUAAACAAUUUUAUAUAAAGUUAUUUUCUAUAUUAUACUGAUAUAAUAAUAAAAUGAUUUUAUAUUUAUAAGAAUCGUUCCUUAUCUUCACUUUCUUGUAAAAAUAUAAAAU